AUGGACACGCACGCCGGCGUCCCAGCCGACACCAAGAAAGAUGAGGCGGAGGUAAAGACAACCGACGUCAAGGACGCGCUGCCGGUGGUGGCGAGCGAGCCGGCCAAGACCGAAGACGUGGUCGAGGACGUCCCUGACCCAGAUGAGGAUGACCUCGACGAUCUGGAUGACAUGUUGGAUGAGUUCUCGUCGGUCAAGCUCAACGCUGGCGAGACGGCCAAGCCUGCGGAUGCCGCGCCGUCCUCAUCCGCUCCCAAGUCACCUGCCCCAGGACCAGUCCCUGGCGCUACAGACAGCCAGACUGUGGCAGACGACGGGUUCUCAGAAGAGGACUUUGCUAAGCAGCUCCAGGCCGGCAUGGCUGACCUACUCGGAGAGCUGGAAAAAUCUCCCGAGAUGCAGGAUCAGUUUGAGGAAAUGUUCAAGCAGAUGACCGCGGCCGCGGCCGCAGAGGACUCGGCACCUGGACCGGCCACAGAUGGCGCCUCUGGCUCCAACAAAGCCCCUUCGGACGCCGGUGCUACCGACGCUUCCUUCCAGGAAACCAUCCGCCAGACCAUGGAGCGCAUGCGAAACUCUGGCGACCAGGCUACCGCAGCGGCCGCCUCCGGUGGCGGCGACGACUUCAUGUCCGAGAUGCUCAAGCAGAUGGCCUCUGGCGACUUCAACGCCGAGGGCGGCGAGGAGGAGUUCUCCAAGAUGCUCAUGGGCAUGAUGGAGCAGCUCACCAACAAGGAGAUCCUCUACGAGCCCAUGAAGGAGCUCGACGACAAGUUCCCCGACUGGCUGAAGAAGAACAAGGACAAGACCCCGGCAGAGGAUCUCAAGAGAUACGAGGAGCAGAAGUCCCUCGUCAGGGAAAUCGUCGCCAAGUUUGAGGAGAGCACCUACUCGGACAACAAUGCUGCCGACCGCGAGUACAUCGUGGAUCGGAUGCAAAAGAUGCAAGCGGCUGGCUCGCCGCCCUCGGAUCUGGUAGGAGACAUGGCAUCGGCGCAGGAAGCGUUCGCGGGGCCCGACGACCAGUGCAACCCGCAGUAG